AGUGAGGACGCUCGUUGCCUCAUUGGCACAUGUCCCGGUGGGGUGGAGCGACGCGGAGCCGCCUCUCGUUUUGCAGUCUUGUUUCUUUCAACCCACAUCAGAGCAACUGCAACGACCGUCAGGGGAAGAGCGUCCGAGACGAACGGGUGUAGCCUACGAAUCGGUGGCUUUUCGGUGGACGUUAUUUUCUCGGUUCGACCACUAGAGCUGGUCAGUCAGACUCCUGAAGAGUGAAUCUAUUUGUGCGCAAUUUCCAGGGAGAUUGUGGUUCUCUCGGGGACUGGAGGGGAUGACUACAGAGAAUAUGCAUGAGACGGUUCUUUCAGGCUGAUAAAGGCUUGUGACCAUAAUUGUCCUUUCCAGCGCUCACAUCGUCAGCACUUAAAAGGUAUUUCAAAAGUAGAGCUUCUUCGUCGCCAAAUGGAUGUAAGUGCUUGAGGAGAAUACUAAUGGCCGGCGUGCUGCGUCCUGCCGAGCGUUCUCCGCCGCUGCUGAGGGCAACAACAGAGCCGAUCAGUCCGCCACAGCGCACCUGAGGCCUGUAUACCACCAAGGAAUUAAUGAGCGUGAUUUGAACUGAGCUGUUUAAUUUCCAAGGAGGAGAAUUAAAAAACAUUAUACACAAACAUAACGCAGCUGCAAAAAUAACAAACAAAAAACAAAGCAAAACAACAACAAUAACAAAACAAAACAAAACAAAAACGCGAAAAUGGGAAACAGCUUCUCCAACAUCUCUACCUUCCAAUCUCUUCACCUCGUCAUGCUGGGGUUGGACUCUGCUGGGAAGACUACAGUUCUUUACAGACUCAAAUUUAAUGAAUUUGUCAACACGGUUCCCACGAUCGGCUUCAACACUGAGAAGAUCAAGCUGAGCAAUGGCACCAUGAAAGGCAUCAGUUGUCAUUUUUGGGAUGUGGGAGGCCAAGAAAAGCUGAGGCCCCUGUGGAAGUCCUAUAGCCGGUGCACUGAUGGGAUCAUUUAUGUUGUGGACUCUGUAGAUGUUGACAGACUGGAGGAGGCCAAGACUGAAUUGCACAAAGUCACCAAGUUUGCAGAGAACCUGGGAACACCACUGUUGGUCAUUGCCAACAAGCAGGACCUGCCCAAAUCUCUUUCAGUGACGGAUAUUGAGAAGCAGCUGGGUCUGCACGAGUUGACCCCCUCCACUGCCUAUCACAUCCAACCUGCAUGUGCUAUAAUAGGUGAGGGUCUUCACGAGGGUAUGGACAAACUGUAUGAAAUGAUACUGAAGAGGAGGAAAUCCCUCAAACAGAAGAAGAAGCGGUAAAAGCUGCUGGUUUUCGGGACAGUGUUUAGUAAAAUUUACUGUAAAGGAAUCUGGAUUCUGCCGUAAACAGGUUUAGUUUACAGCAAUUUUUUUAUGAAAAAUAUCCUAUGUAUUAAAGCUGUUCAGUGCUGUGAAGCUGUGAAUGACACUUUUCUAUAGGCAGCUUCAGUAACUAAAUACAAAAUAAGGUUAACCAAAAAAGACAAAUGAAAAAACUUGAAAUGACUGUUGAGAUCUACAGCAUCAGGAAAAGAAACAGGCUGGCCUGUUUAUCUGCUGUUUUAUCACGGACUUUGACGUAUUGUAGGUCAUUGAGGACUUUUAGCGUCUUAUUUCCAUCCACAAGAGUUCUUCUGUGGAAACAGAAGUUUGAUUUUGCACAUGGAUUGGGUCACUCAAGCCCCGUGCUCUUUUUUAGAUAUCUGUAGUAUUACUUUUUAAUUAUGGAUGUCAUGCAGACUGCUUUAUGGAGCACUAAAAUAGCCUUUCAUCCGCUUGGUGGAAAGAGGACCGAGUGUCGACUACUUUGCACUUUUCAUUUCCUGACAAACAGCAAAGAACUAUAAUGUAUUAGUGAGAGGGCAGAUCCAGGUGGUUUGUAUACUAAGAAGCCAAACUUGAAGUAUUUUUUGAAUAUUAAAAGAUGUAAAAUCCA